AUGUACGAAGACAUUAAUUGCGAAUCACAACAGAAAUUCGCUUGGCAUCCUGAUUACGAUAAUCAGUUCGUGGCUCUUGACCAAGACCUAGUUAUCACCGACCAUUGUGUAAUGUUGUUGGAUGGCAGCCUUGAUUUUACUGGAGAGCGUCAGGCAGUUCUCGGUGAUGAUAGCACAGACCUUGGCGACUGCUCUGCGAGCAAUGCAAUAUGGGAGACUAUUGAUGUGGACGCUUAUAUUAAGCAAGAGGUGGUGCUAAUCAAGGAUGAUGUUUCUGGCAAGUGUCUCCAAGCAUCUAAUCAACAAUACGCCGGUAACCAGCAGACACCGGACAAGUACUCACUAUACGACUGCGAACCAGCCAACCCGUACCAGCACUUUGUGCUGCGUGUGGAUUGCAACGUGUCUCCUUCUGGCUAUCAAGUGGACGAAUAG